AUGGUUCGACCACCUCUUAGCGGCGCCCUUUCGUCGAGUGGACGCACCCGGACAUCGGCCUCUCUACAUGCGGGCGCUCCGAUCACAACCACAGGGUUCUUUGAUUCAGUGCCUCGUGGAAGACGGUUUCGACGCCCGCCGCCCUCCCAAUACCAGACCUUUCCUACCCCGCCCGCCGCCGCCGCCGGCGAUUCAGCCGGCCGAGAAGAGGGAGCUUUACGCCCGGGCCAAUCACCCCUCCCUAUCCGAGAACUCUCCCUGCUCGCCCUGCUCUCCUUUGCCGAGCAGACGGCGCUCAACUCCAUUUCUCCCUACCUACCGUCCAUGAUCCUUAGCUUCCCCGAGAUACCGCCGGAGCAGGUCGGUUUUUAUGUCGGAAUUGUCGCGUCCGCAUUCGCCCUUGCCCAAUUGUCGACAAAUUUCCUUUGGGGUUAUCUCUCGGAUCAAAUUGGCAGGAAGCCUGUUCUUGUACUUGGCACUUCGCUCCUGGCAGCAUGCUUUGCCCUGUUCGGAUUUUGCAAGACUUAUUGGCAAGUCGUGGUCGUGCACGUUGCCAUGGGAUUGCUGAACGGGAACGCGGCUGUUGUCCCGACUGCGCUGGGCGAUCUCACUGAUCGGUCGAAUCAAAGCAUCGCCUUCACUUGGCUGCCGAUCAUAUACUCCGUUGGCAGCAUCUCAGGCCCGGCCCUUGGAGGACUGUUAGUUGGGGUAAUGGGGGACGAGUAUCCGUUUCUGGCUCCUAACCUCAUUUCGACUGUAAUCCUUGUUGCGACCGCCAUCAUCCUCGGCAUCUGGCUUGAGGAGUCCUUCCAGGAUAGGUCUGGAUUCCAUUUCGAUUUCAGUGCUCUCCGGAAGCGUUUCCAGCAGCGUCGUGAGCAAUCAAACUCUUCCUCGCCAUGGACUUGGUUCGCGCCACCCAAUAAAAUCCGCGUGGAAGCUCGAAACCUACUCAGCUCUUCGGCAGACCGCCCUGAUGACGGCGGAGAAGACAGGCAUGAUGCAGAUGACCAUGACUCGCAGCGCGAUGAGGUCGAGGAGAGUACGCGAUAUCUGUCGUGGAGCGACACAUUUCGCGAGAUUUUCAAUCGGUCCACCAUCUCGCUCCUCGUCUCAUACCUCAUUUACCAAUUUUCAAACAUAUCCUUCAACGCCCUUUACCCAAUAUUCGCCGCCGCUCCCGCUCCUACUGGUCGUGACCUUGAUCCGGCCACUAUUGGAGUGACUCUGAGCGUGUCUGGCAUCGUCACAAUCGUGUUCCAGCUGCUCCUUUUCCAACCCAUCAAAGCCCGCCUGGGUAAUCUUGGUCUUUACCGUGUUGCCCUUUUAGGGCUCGCUGUUAGCAUGGGAUUGAUACCAUGGACCGGUCAUAUCAAUUCCGACCCGCCCUUCCACUUCGGAACAGGAAGGCAAUGGCUAUAUGCUGAGCUGGGCGGUGUUCUCAUUAUCAAGACUAUCAGCGCCGUCGGCGGCCUGUCGUGUGUGAUGCUUCUGAUCACAAACUCGGCCAUGUCAUACUCGAGUCUCGGUACAUUGAAUGGGAUUGCGCAGACCAUUUCUGCUGCUGGCCGUAGUAUUGGCCCCUUUCUUGCCGGAUCUGUCUUUUCCCUUUCGUCCCGAGUACAACCCAAGGGCGAGGUGCUAGCUUGGGGUUUGUUUGGCGGUAUUUCUUUGCUGGGCUGGUUUACGACUUAUGGUAUCGAUGGGAAAGGUCUUGAGAGUGAUGACUGGAAUGGGGAGGAUGAAUCGGAAGCUUCGGUUUAA